GGGAACGGUUUGCUAACCGAGCUAGCCGGAUCCUCCCGAUUAUAGAAACACGGCUGAACGUGGUCAUGUUGCACACGGUGGGCUUCAUUUCGUAAAGAAAAAAACAAAACAAAAAAGCCCGCAUUGGAAUACCUGCCUCGCUGCUAAAAGGGCAAAGGGACUCGUUUUUUUUGGCGGAAUAACAAAGCCGGUCCGUGAGUAUUGCAAAUCUGAGCCGUGCGAGUCAACGUUAGCUGGCCUAGCCGGACUCCGGAGCUCGUCUCCCAAAACAAGAAUGGGGUCUAGGUCCACUCGGAUUAGCUUGCUAGUAAAGUGACCUUUGAUUGUUUUCUCUGAUGGCAAAUUUCACGAAUUACCAGGAAGGCAAGGCAGCGAUGUUGAUGCUGGAGACGCAGCAGAGGGACGUGGGGACGAAAUCUGCGGCCGCCACCGCAAACGGAGACGGCUCGGUCGGGGAACCCCCUUCCCCGUUAAUUAAUAUCGGCGGAGGCGGAGGAGGAGGAGGCGGCUCUCGCUUCCAUCAACAUUUACCGCCCUCCAACCACCUCCAUCAUCAUCACCACCUCCUCAGCCACCAUCACCCGCCAAAGGAUCAACAGCAGCACCAUCACUACCAGCUGGCUCCGCAGCAGCAGCAUCUUUCCGGGGAAAACAUCGCCGAGUCCCCGGGCAGGAAAGCCUCCUCCUCCUCCUCCUCCUCGUCUCUCAGCCAGGUACACACCGCCGAGGACCCCGCCGCUUCUUCCGCCGCUAGCGGCAGCGGCGGCGGCGGCGGCGGCCAUGUAUACGCGUCUGUGAGCGUCGCAAAUACCUCGGAUGUUGUGGAUGAUAUUCGCAAAUGUGGCUAUUUAAGAAAGCAAAAACAUGGACAUAAAAGGUUUUUCGUGCUGCGGGCUGCCAGCCACCUCGGGCCGAGCCGCCUGGAGUACUACGACAGCGAGAAGAAAUUCAGGAACAGCCUGCGCUCUGCUGCCGCGGCCGCCGCCAGCGGUGGAGCGGUCGCCCCUUCUCCCCCGAAAAGGGUUAUUUACCUCUACCAGUGCUUUACGGUAAACAAAAGGGCGGAUUCCAAAAACAAACACCUCAUUGCCCUUUAUACUAAGGACGAGUACUUUGCUAUUGUGGCUGAAAACGAGCAGGAGCAAGAGGACUGGUACGUAGCUGUCAGUGAGCUGAUGAGCGAAGGCAAAAAAGGGCACUUGGAUUCUGAUGAUUUAGAUGAUGGAUAUGGUACAGUCACCCCUGGUACUGUGUUUAAGGAGGUGUGGCAGGUGAAUGUCAAACCUAAAGGACUGGGUCAAACUAAAAACCUCACAGGUGUGUACCGGCUAUGCCUCUCAACUAAAACCAUUCACCUCGUUAAGUUGAACUCUGAAACCCCCUGUGUUAACCUACAGCUGAUGAAUAUCAGGCGUUGCGGACACUCUGAAAGCUUCUUUUUCAUCGAGGUGGGUCGCUCCUCCUCUAUCGGGCCCGGGGAGAUAUGGAUGCAGGUGGAUGACUCUGUCGUAGCCCAGAACAUGCAUGAGACUAUCUUGGAGACAAUGAAAGCCCUAAAAGCUUUUGCUGAGUUUCGGCCCAGGAGCAAGAGCCAGUCUUCGGGCUCCAACCCCAUGCCGUUUAUCACGACGCGGCGCCACCUGGGCAACCUGCCACCGAGCCAGACGGGGCUGCAGCGGCGGUCGAGGACAGAGUCGGUUGUUGGCACGCCGCCGUCAAGUAAGAGCUCGGGGGCUAGUGGUUAUCGCUUCCGAACAUCCAGCGAGGGCGAGGGGACGAUGAACCGGCCGUUCCGCUCUGCCACAGGAAGUCUGGUUCACCUAAACUCAGCACGUGCCCAUCACGGUCGUCAGGAGGGGGGCGGAGGCAGCAGUGGGAGUGGCGUCGCCACAGGAAACGCUGGAACAAGCACAGGCGGCGGACGCUACGUCAGAGCCAUCCCGGGGUCGUCGUCCACCUACCAUGCCCGCUCUGCCUCGCUCCCAGUCUCUCACUUCCCCUCCACCACCAGUCCAGUCAGCGUCUCCUCCAGCAGCGGCCACGGCUCUGUCUCAGACACGCUCACCCGCCCGUCGAGCGCCUCGAUAUGCGGCUCGCCAUCCGACGGCGGUUUCAACUCCUCAGACGAGUACGGCUCCAGCCCCGGCGACUUCAGGUACUUCCGGGUGCGGAGUAACACGCCAGAUUCCCUUGGAAACACCCCACCAAUCAGAGAGGAGAAUUGUCUAAACGAUUACAUGGCCAUGGGGUGGAACCGGGAGGUCUUUGGCACCAGUGGGGGCUCUGGAAACAACAGCGGAGGUGACACGCCACGAGACGAGAGCACGUCGACAACAGAGGAUGACCGCUUUUCUUCAUCGUCACUAAGGAGGAGGACGCACUCUUUCUCCAGACCUGCUGGUGGUGCAACUGGUGGCUCUGGAGUGGCAGUUUACCAGAAAAUGACCCAGACCAACUUCUCACUGGAAGAGGGAUCUGAUGUGGUAUUACCAUUUGGCAGUGGUUUACUCCGUGGUGGGCCCUCCUCCUCCUCUUCCUCGCUCCGCUCUGACUACAGCUCCUGCUCUGAGCACAGCCAGCAGAGCCGUCCCUCCACACUGUCCAGGACGGAAGCCAGCGGUGAACGCCCUCCCCUCUCCUCCUCCUCCUCCUCUGCCAAGGAAGACAGCGGCUACAUGCCCAUGAUGUGUGGCGUGGCUGCGUCGCCGCGGGACACUCCUCCCGACUACAUGCCUAUGCAACCCAGCUCUUACUCGCAUCACAUCUCCCAUUCCCCUCAGUUUCACAGUCCGGCUUUAGGUCCCCGUUCAGCCCAUCACCACCCCCAGCUCCAGUCUCAAUCCUCCACAGACUCCCACGGCUACAUGAUGAUGCUCCCAGGGGGCAGCGGCAGCUCCCCCUCCCCUGUGCAGGCCUCCCCCAGCCCUCAUAGUAGCUCAAGCAUGGUGGGUGCCAGUGGGAGUGACAGCAUAGCAGAGAGACCUGAGAACGGGGAAUAUAUGGACAUGUCGUACAGCAACAGCGGGGGGCGACAGCUCUCAAACGAAGGGAGCAGCGGAUACUACACACCUGGCACACCUGAGGGCACCUCCAAGUCUUACAGCCCUUAUUUUUCCCUCCCUCGCUCCUACAAGGCCCCCACCAGAGAGAGGGAUGAGAAGGAGUAUGGGGAGUAUGUUCCUAUGAGUUCUCCUGCCAAGCCAGUUUAUUCAUCAGUUGCCACAGCAUCGAUGUCAACACCAGAGAAGAGGGGUGGAGGAGGUAGUAGCACCUCCACUCCCUCUCACCCACCGCCGCCUUACGGAGCUCACCACACGACCGCCGCAAUGGCUGACCGGCGUGUUGUGAGGCCCAACCGCCUCCCUUUAGGCAGAAGGAGUUUUCACGGUCCACUGCGGGUUAGUGAGCCCUCCACGGCGUCUGCAGGCACCUCAACCUCAGUCCCCGCCACUGGUAGCUCAUCUGAAGGGCCUUCCAGUCCUGGAGAGUAUAUUAAUAUUGAGUUUGGUGAUCACUACCCCCACCAACAGCAGCCCCCCGCCUACCCUCUCUCUGCCCAAGACGAAGCACCUUCCCUGGGCUCCAGUGACAGCCGUCGCUCCCCUCCCCAGCCCCAAACUCACCAGGACUAUAUGAGUGUGGAGGUCGGUGUAGACCAGCAGGACAGUGCUGGAUGUCUGGGUAAAAACCAGUCACCCAGACCAAGCCUUGUUGCCCCCUGGAACCCGCCCAGCUAUAUCCGACCCCUGGCUAGCAAUCCUGGGACGCUGGCCUCCCCUGGAGUCCCUGCUGGAGGUCACUGGAGGUCAAUGGGGGACGACUACACGGACAUGACAUUUAACCUCAGCAGAGGUGAGAGGACGCAAACAAGCCCCACAGCCAUGCUGCAGCAUCUCUGUGUAAUAGAGGGACGUUACGGCCAUGCUCCCUCCGCCUCUUCCUCAUCCAUUUCUCCCACUCUCCCUCCACUGAGCCCCAGCAGGGCACCGACACACCAGCUGGAGCCCAAGGUGGUUCGAGCCGACCCCCAAGGCAGGAGGAGACACAGCUCGGAGACGUUCUCCUCCACUUCCUCUUCUAAUUCAACUCCCUCUGGAGGAGGACUAGGCCCCUCAUCCUCAGCCACCCACCCCACACUGGCUAACCCCGCAGCCCCAAACGGAUCUUACUUAACGGAGGGUCAGGCUUCCAGAUGGGCCAGCUCGGCGUCUUUCGACAGUGUGUGGAUGUCCGUGGAGGGUCUAGGGGACUCGCCGGCUCACCAGGCUCAGACGAGAGCCUUGGAAGCGGGCACGACCUCUGGGACCUCAGCAGCAUCCUCGUCCUCGGGAGCCGGAGCCGGUAGAAUGUGCAGGAACAUGUCUGUGGGUUACCAGAACGGCCUGAACUACAUUGCCUUGGAGCUGAGGGAGGACGGGAGUAACGCGGGAGCCACGACGUCAGGAGGUGGUAGCAGCAACGGGAGCUCUGUGGCGGCGGCGGCAGCAGCGGCGUUGGCGGCGGGGACGGUGCCUCUGCCGGAGAACGGAGCCUAUGCCAGUAUAGACUUCACCAAAUCUGAUGGAGUCACCACGACAACCAAGGACUGAGCGACGGGACGACAGAGGUUUCCCCACCCUCCUCUUCUCCUCCUCCUCCUCCUCCUCCUCCUCCUCCUCCUCAUCUCUCUGCUCGGGGCACUUGACUCUGCCUGUGACCUUUGGCCUUCCCCCCCCCCCCCCCCUCCCCCCCACCCCGCUGGCGACCUCUGACCUUCACUCAGACUGAGAAACCGCUCCCUUCUGGACGCAGAAAACAACAUCAUAACAGAUGGCAAAAACGCUUGCAGUUUUUUUUUUGUUUUUUUUUUUAAGUGUAUUAGAUCUUUUAUUUUUCUUGUGUUUUAUAUGCAU